AUGUUAUGCGGUGGAGAUAUGAAGACAAAGAACAUGGUGAUCAACGCGGCUGAUCCUCUCAACUGGGGAGCUGCGGCUGAGCAAAUGAAAGGUAGCCAUUUGGAUGAAGUGAAGAGAAUGGUUGAGGAGUUUAGGAAGCCAGUUGUGAAUCUUGGAGGUGAGACUCUCACCAUUGGACAAGUCGCUGCGAUCUCAACCAUUGGUAACGGUGUGAAAGUGGAGCUGUCCGAGACUGCUAGAGCCGGUGUGAACGCUAGCAGUGAUUGGGUUAUGGAGAGUAUGAACAAAGGCACUGAUAGUUACGGUGUUACCACUGGUUUUGGUGCUACUUCUCAUCGCAGGACCAAAAAUGGUGUCGCACUUCAAAAGGAGCUUAUUAGGUAA